AUGCCUGCAAUGGGGCCAACCUCUGUUCGCCGCAACCUGUUCCACCAGAACCUAAGCCGCCGCCCAGCCUCCACGGGCCCUCCGAAUGGCAACGUGCCGCCGGGCAACAAUGCGCUCUCGAACCGUCCCUCACACUCGCAUCGGUUGAAGCCGACUGGCUCGGACUCAUCGUCGCGCCCCAUCAAGCUGUCAGAGAACAAGGAGAUCGUGGUGCGGGACCAGAACGGUGGCUAUAAGCUUGACGUCCCUGCUCUGCCGAAUGCGCUUGUGGGUGAGGAUGGGGAGGAGCUGGGGGAGCUCGAGGCGGAGGAGUGUGGUGAGACGGCGCUUGAUUCCUCGGAGCUGAGUGGGCGGGAGAAAGAGAAAUUGGAGGCAGCGCUGGUCGAAAUGGUGAUUCGGCAUCGGAAUCGACCGUCCAGCAGUGAACCGGAUGAGAUCUUGAAUAUCGUCCACCAGAGCCUACGCAGGAAGGUCGCAUCGUUGGACGACGACAAGUGGAUGUUCGAGCCUGAAAAAGAGGUGCGCUUCUAG